AUGUCAAAUCCCCCAGAAGACGCCGCGCGACCCGCAAAACGUGCGCGACUUGACGAUGACAGCGCUCCUGCCUUCUCCCCAAGCACAAGCACAGGCACACCAGCAGCUGCCGAAAAGCCCAUUUCCACAGCGACUGCAGCAAUUGACGCCGACCUCGAGCGCGAAGUGCGUGCUGGAAUAACCGAAUAUGUGUGCCCAGAUAACCUUGGCUUCACGGGUGUGUUGAAGCAACGAUACACCGACUUCUUGGUCAACGAGAUUGGACUCGAUGGGCGGGUACUGCACCUGACAAGUACGGAGGUGGAGACAAAAAAGAACCAGAAACCUGUAGAGAGUGUGAAUGCGACCAGAAUUUUAGAGGAAGCAAAUUCUGUCGAGACAAGCGCAAAAGAUGACAAGGCCGAUGCGGUCAUGCAGGAUGGGGGAGUUGAUGAGGUUACACUGCCUGUACCAGCGCCAGUACCUGCAGAAGCCAAGGAGACUGAAAUCAAUGGCGAGGAAAUUCUGUGCCAAGUAAAGGCGACUAAACAGGAGCCAGGAGAAGCCCUUGCAGACGCAGAUCGUGAAACACUACAUUCGAUAUUUGGUCGCGAGACUACAGAUGCCAUUGUCAAACUUGUACAACAAAUACGGAAGAGCGAAUCGAAAAAGGCAAAAGACUUCAAGGCGGUCAUAUCGCCCCCCAUCACAGACAAAGAAAUGCGCACCCAAGCCCACCAAAGCCUGCGGCGCAUGUUCCCAAACUUGCUGGAGAGCGCAAUGGAGAAUGACCAGACGAUUCGCAUCAAAGCAGCACCUCCGGCACAGCGCAAGAACAAAAAGGCCAAGAGUAGCGGUAGAGACCGAGAGGACCAGGGAAGACGGAGAGGUGGAUUGGACUGGGAGGAGCUAGGCGGCGAAUACCUGCACUUCAAUCUAUACAAGGAGAACAAGGAUACCAUGGAGGUUGUAGGCUUCCUCGGCAGCAAGCUCAACUGCGGCGCAAGAGGCUUUGGGUUUGCUGGCACAAAGGACAGGCGAGCUUGUACCGUGCAGAGAGUGUGCGUUAAGCGCCAGACUGCGCAGCGUAUACAGAGCUUCAACAAGGUGCUGUUCAAUGCUGCGGUGGGUGACUUUGAACAUUCGCAUCAUGAGCUUAAACUCGGAGAUUUGGUGGGCAACGAGUUCACAAUCACGCUACGAGAUUGCCAUUUCCAGAGCGAACAAAGCCUUGACUUUGAGCAACGCCUAAAGCUCGCCAACGACGUGGUUGGCAAGGCAAUCACCGACUUUUCCGAGAGAGGCUUCAUCAACUACUACGGUCUCCAGCGGUUUGGGUCUUUCGCCGCCAGCACUGACGCCAUUGGCCGCAAGAUGCUGCAAGACGACCUCAAAGGCGCAGUCGAAGACCUCCUGGCAUACAGCGAUGUGGCCCUCGCGGCCGCCGACGGGACCUCGACAGACCCCAGCAUCCAAGUCUCGCAAGACGACCGCAACCGCGCCAAAGCCCUGCACAUCUGGAAGACAAAAGGCAGUGGCAGCGAAGCCCUCGACCUACUCCCACGCAAGUUCACCGCCGAACGCAACAUCAUCCAGCACCUCAGCUCGCGCAACAGCAAAACCGGGCGCCACGACCGCAAAACAGACUGGCAAGGCGCACUCAUGACAAUCCCGCGCACCCUUCGCCUCAUGUACGUCCACGCCUACCAAUCGCUCGUCUGGAACACCGUCGCGGGCAAGCGCUGGGCAACCUACGGCGCGCAAGUCGUCGAAGGCGAUCUCGUCCUCGUCCACGAACACCGCGACAAAGAAACCAGCAGCACCACAUGCGCCCCCGCAGACUCCACCCUCGACCAAGACGGCGAAACAAUCAUCAACCCGCUCGGCAGCGAAAACGCACACGCCUCAUCCGCCGCAAACUUUGAGCGCGCCCGCGCCCUGUCCGCAGAAGAAGCCGCAUCCGGCGCCUACACAAUCUGGGACAUAGUCCUGCCCCAGCCAGGCUUCGACGUCGAGUACCCACGCAACACUAUCGGCGCCUUCUACGAGUCCUUCAUGGCAAGCGAGACAGGCGGCGGCCUGGAUCCCCACAAUAUGCGCCGCUCGUGGCGCGAAAUCUCGCUCAGUGGCGGAUACAGAAAGGUGCUUGCUCGCCCGCUGCAGCCAGUCACGUAUCAAGUGCACGGAUACGAGCGUGUGGACAAACAAUUCGUAGAAACGGAUUUGCAGCGCCUGAGACAUGCUGCUGCUGCUGCUGCUGCUGCGAAGGAUAAUAAUAAUAAUAAUAAUAAUAACCACACCGAAGAUAUGGGCAAUGACAACAACAACAACAACGACGACGACGACGACGACGAUACUCAAGGUGUAGCCGAAAAGAAAAUCGCAAUAGUACUCUCGUUGCAGCUCGCUAGCAGCCAGUAUGCUACCAUGGCGCUGCGCGAGCUGAUGAAGGCCGGUGGUGUAAAGGCGUUUAAGCCUGAGUUUAUGGGUGGACGGUAAGCAUGUAUAC